AUGGCAUAUAACAAUUAUGAUUUUUAUAUACCACAAAAUGGAAGUAUAAUGGUUGAACUAGUGGAUGAUGUCAGUCAAUAUCCAGGAGGUGUUGGACCUCCAUUACCAUUAAGCUAUCAAGAUCUUGGCUAUUCAAAUCCGUAUGGCUCGAAUCGAUAUAAUAUGAAUGCACAAACUGGAAAUUUGUUUGGCUCGAAUCAAUAUAAUACGAAUGCACAAACUGGAAAUUUAUUUGGCUUGAAUCAAUCUAAUACGAGUUCACGACCUUCUGGUAUAAUGCGUUGGGGUCCAGCAUAUACAAUUAUAGGACCACAUCAACCUGAAAUACCACCUGGUGGUGGUGUUUAUGAUCCUAAUUUAGUUGUCCCUGGUAUGCAUAACUUCAAUAUUGGUAUAUACUAG